AUGCCAUCAAUGGGUAUAGAUUUAGGAACAACAUAUUCUUGUGUUGGUGUUUGCAAUGAAAAAGGUCGUAUUGAAAUUAUUGCAAAUGAUCAAGGUAAUAGAACUACCCCAUCAUAUGUUUCAUUUAAUAAUAGAGAAUGUUUAAUUGGAGAUGAUGCAAUGAAUCAAGUUGCAAUGAAUCCAGUUAAUACCAUUUUCGAUGUAAAACGUUUAUUUGGUAGAAAAUAUUCAGAUAGUGUUGUUCAAAGUGAUAUGAAACUUUGGCCAUUUAAAGUUAUAGCAAAUAAAUUUGAUGAUAAACCAUUAAUUCAAGUUGAUUUCAAAGGUGAAACUAAAACAUUCUCACCUGAAGAAAUUUCAUCAAUGGUAUUAUCAAAAAUGAAAGAAAUUGUAGAACAACACUUGGGUGAACCUGUUACAGAUGCAGUUAUAACAGUUCCAGCUUAUUUCAAUGAUAGACAGCGCCAUGCAACCAAAUAUGCAGGUACAAUUUCAAAUUUAAAUGUAUUAAGAAUUAUUAAUGAACCAACUGCUACUGCAAUUGCAUAUGGUUUACAUAGGAGAGGUAUUGAUGAUAUGAAAGUUUUAAUAAUCGAUCUAGGUGGUGGUACAUUUGAUGUUUCAUUAUUCAAUAUAGAAGAUGGUAUAUAUGAAAUUUUAUUAUCAGGUGGUGACAAUCAUUUAGGUGGUGCGGAUUUUAAUAAUCGUUUAAUGAAUCACUUUAUAGAUGAAUUUAAACUUAAACAUAAAAAAGAUAUAACCAAUAAUCAACGUGCUAUUUUUCGUUUAAGAACUGCAUGUGAACGUGCAAAGAGAACUUUAUCAAUUUCAUCAUUAGCAUCGAUUGAAAUUGACUCACUUUAUGAUGGUAUUGAUUUUUAUUCAACAAUUACAAGAACACAUUUUGAAAAACUUUGUUCUGACCUUUUCCAUAGUUGUAUCGAUCAUGUUGAAACAAUUUUAAAUAAAUGUAAAUUAGAUAAAAGUUUAGUAGAUGAAAUUGUAUUAGCUGGUGGUUCAACUCAAAUUCCAAAGAUACAAAGAAUGUUUAAAGAAUACUUCAAUGGUAAAGAAUUUAACAACUCGAUUAACCCUGAUGAAGUUGUUGCAUAUGGUGCAGCAGUACAAUCUGGAGUUAUUUCAGGCAAAGGUUCAAACUUUCCUCAACUUAUUUUUUUAAAUGUUACACCAUUAUCAAUGGGUAUUGAAACUGUUGGUGGAAUAAUGACAAAUCUUGUUGAAAGAAAUACUCAUAUUCCUAUUAAAAAAACGCAAACUUUUUCAACCCAAUAUGAUAAUCAAACCAAUGUUUUAAUUCAAAUUUAUGAAGGUGAACGUACAAUGACUAAAGAUAAUAAUCUAAUUGGUACAUUUGAAUUAAAUGGUAUCCCACCAGCACCACGUGGUGUUACCCAGAUUGAAGUUUGUUUUGAUGUUGAUAUAGAUGGUAUAUUAACAGUUAGUGCAGAAGAUAAAACCACAAAAAAAGUUCAAAAAAUCACCAUCUCCAAUAUUAAUGAUCAUCUCUCAAAAGUAGAGAUUGAAAAAAUGAUAGUAGAUGGUGAGAAAUUUAAACAACAAGAUCAACAACAAAAAAAAGAACUUAUUGAAUCAAAUUAUAAAAUAUAUUGUGGUGAUGAAAACACAUUAGAUUUUGAAAUUACUCAAAAAUUGUUAGGAUCAGCUCAAUCUACUGAAAUGAACGAAUGA